AUGACCCACUUUACUGUUUUAUCUCUUUUAGUUGGCAACACAACAAAGCUAAUGAAAUUAGGUAAAUAUUGGGUCUUGUCUGGUCGCGGCAAGGGCGGGAAGGGGCUGGGCAAGGGCGGCGCCAAGCGCCACCGCAAGGUGCUGCGCGACAACAUCCAGGGCAUCACCAAGCCCGCCAUCCGGCGGCUGGCCCGGCGCGGCGGCGUCAAGCGCAUCUCGGGCCUCAUCUACGAGGAGACCCGCGGGGUGCUCCAGGUGUUCCUCAGAAGAAGAGCUGUUUUCGCAGGACGAAGGGUUUUGUGGUACCUUUCUUCCUGAUUCAUCCUAUGUGAGUAUGAUUCUUCUCAGUUUGCUUUUGGGGUUCCUGCUUGUGAUUCUAACCAAUAUACAAACUUGCAUUCUCAGCACAUCAGCCUAUAGAUCCUCCUUGAGCCAUCUCUUCCAUAAAUGGUGAGACAUCCACACACCCAGGAAAGACCUGAGCAUCAGCUGAAAGAUAGAAUAGAUCACCCCAACAUACACCAGUUUGGCAUAAGGAUUAUUCUGAGCUAAAGGCACUUGAAAAACAGUUAUGAGAAUGGGGCUCUGACUUUCCCAUUUCUCUCUGAAAGCACAUAAUGAUCCCAUGUGAAAGGUGUCAUCUCUAUAUCCAGAAGAGAAGAAUUUAUCACCAGAAACAGGGAGUUGCACUAAGAGAAAUCUGUACAAACAGGCCUUGUUAAAAUAAGCCUGCAUCUCCUUUCCUCCCCUAUUUUUGUUGCUAUUUCAGGAUUACUACACUUUGUUCAACCUACUAUGUAAACCCUUAGGCCUAACCACUUUUUGGGUCUUCAUUUUCCUGUGAAGACUCCUAUGAACACAUAAAAAUACUAAAUAACAUGUGUAUGCUUUUCUCUAGUUAAUCUGUUUUAUGUCAAUUUAAUUCUCAGGUUCAACCAGACACCCUGGAAGGGUAGAAGGAAGUUCUGUCUCUUGUACAUAGCCUUCCAGUCCGAUUCUCAAUGCCCUUCUGUGACCACAGAUUCAUGUCCGAUCUUUCCCUGCAUGCUUCAUCACCCCACUUCCCCGUAUAAUCCCUCCACCUCACUGCGGUCAGAGACUGAGUGAUGUGCACAUUUCACUAUCUUUUAGGCAAAACAACAAAAAUCAAAAGCCUUCACUGGUUCUCCUAACAUCUACAGAAUAAAAUCCAAUUCUUGUGUUUUUUCUGGCACUUGCUCACCUGCACAAUCUCCUCUUCCAGCCUCUGUCCUCAUCCAACGCUGACUCCUCUAGCUGAAUAUACUCAACAACUUGUCAUAUGUGGAACUUUGUUUUCCUCAACAGUGUCCUUUAUAUACACCAUUUCUUCUUCCACAAAGAACCUGCAACUCCUUUGGAGAUUCUACAAAAAUCUUUUUCCUCCACUGCUCUGACGUUCUCUGGCUGGGCCCUUUAAAUUACACUGAGAAAAGACAGCCUAACGAGAGGAAAACAAACAGAAGCUUAUCGUGUGCAUCACAUACACACACAAGCACUCAGUGGUAACUCAAAGCGGAAGUUAGAGUUUAGGAUCUAUGUAUCUCACUUCUUAGGGGACAGGGAGUGAAGGGCUCUCAUGGAAAAGCAAAUGACUUUUUGGAAAGAUAAAUGGACCCUAAAAGAAUAGAUGGCAGAUAUGAUAGCUGAUGACAGUCUGUCUGGAAGUGGUACCAGCUUCUCAUUUCCAACAGGAGACUAGUCUUUCUCCUGAGGAGGGGAUGUAUGACACUGAGUUAUUUUUGAGGAUCCGCAUUUAGGCAAAGAAAGAUUUCAGGAACUCAAAUGCCUUCAGCACAAAAUUAAUUCUUAUGCUUUGUAUAAGUACUUAUAUAGGGUGGCAUAUUUUGGGGUGGCAUAUCCUGAUCCCCUUCAUUCCAUUAAGAGUUUCCUUCAGGAGAACUUCACCUGAUUCUCCCAGGAAAAAUCAGUGCCUAGGACUUCCUAACAUUCCAAAAAAUGUACUCCACACAUAUGCCUAACACAACUUCAGAGUUCCCUAUACGACUUCCGAGCUACUACACACUUAAACAGCUCCCUAGAUGCCUUAAAGACUUGGACAAUAUCUUCAUUUUGAUAUUCUCAGGACCCAGGUAAUUACCAGCACAUGUUAUUCCCUUAGUAAAUAUUUGUGCAAUGCCUAAAUGAUUCAAUCAAUGAUUACACUAUCAAAGGCCACAAGAAAACUUUUAUAUGAAUUCUUCCCCUUUAAUAUUAACUGCUCCCCUAGAACUUUUUCCUCUCUUAACAUUUUCCUUUAGACAGAUGUCAGGCUUGUAGCUACAAAGCCCUAUUGCAGACUUUUAAGAUACAGACUGUAAACCCUUAAUUUGUAAUAAAUUGUUUAAUGGUUCCCAACCUGCAUUUGUAAAAUAAAUAUGACUCCUGUUUCUUGUUCUUACAGAUCUUUAUUUUAACGUCCACCUUUCAAAGAGGAUAAUUUUACCCAAAAUUUUCUCACAAAAAUGCCACUUUUAUAGGCUCGUAUGUAAUCAAAGUGAGCUAGAUUUCUAUCACUAUUUAAUGGAAUAGCCAUAUGUUGCUAUGGAAUUCCUAAGCUUUAUUUUGCUGGCAUGAGUUAUAAGAGAAAGAAAAUAAAAGAGGGAUUAGCAGGAUUUGGUAGGUCCAUAUUUGCUUUAAGUGUGAUUCAAAAACACCUAUUUAUUGGGGUGCCUGCGUGGCUCAGCUGGAUGGGCAUCCGACUCGAUCUCAGGGUCAUGGUUUCAAGGCUCCAUGUUGGGUGUGAAGCAUACUUAAAAGAAAAGAACAAAAAACUGUUUCUUUAGUUCUCUAACUUGAGUUGAUCUUUUCUAUAAUGUAAACUUUCCAUAAAUAAUAGUGAAAGGGAAUAGAAGGGAAGGGAGAAGAAAUGGGUAGGAAAUAUCAGAAAGGGAGACAGAACAUGAGGACUCCUAACUCUGGGAA